CCAUGUGUGCAGAGUUGGUAGGGAAACUAGUUACCGUGGCGUUGGUCUUUGCGAGCUGUGAGCCGGCCGUGGGCACGGAGGCCACCAAUCCGCCGGACGGGGCCCCGGACAGAACCCCUCACCAAAAAGGGCGGCUGUCUUUGCAAGAUACAGCUGAAAUCCAGCACUGCCUGGUCAACGCUGGUGACGUGGGAUGCAGUGUGUUCGAGUGCUUUGAAAACAAUUCCUGUGAGAUCCGAGGCUUACAUGAGAUUUGUAUGACAUUCCUUCACAAUGCCGGGAAAUUUGAUGCCCAGGGGAAAUCUUUCAUUAAAGAUGCUCUGAGAUGCAAGGCUCAUGCCUUACGGCACAGAUUCAGCUGCAUCAGUCGCAAGUGCCCCGCCAUCAAGGAUAUGGUCUUCCAGUUACAGCGAGAAUGCUACCAGAAGCACGAUCUUUGCUCUGCGGCUAAAGAGAACGUCCAUGUCAUUGUGGAGAUGAUUCAUUUCAAAGACUUGCUGCAGCAUGAACCAUAUGUCGACUUAGUGAACAUCCUGCUCACUUGCGGAGAGGAGGUCAGAGAAGCCAUCACACAGAGUGUCCAGGCACAGUGUGAGCAGAAUUGGGGGAGCCUGUGUUCUGUCUUGAGUUUCUGCACCUCGGUCCCACGUGGAGAUUCUGCGCUGGAACCAGAGAGGAAACCAAACGAAAUCUUCAGAUCCCCUGCCAGCCAAGGGGACGUCAUAGUCCACCCUGAAUCUGACCCCAGAGAGAACUCCCGAAGCACCAGAGGGGAAAGAGGCAGCCGGCUCUCAAUGAAUCCUCACAUUCGCUCUAAAGCCGGGAGCCACAAUCCCAAAAUGGCCCAUGGGGUAAUUGAACAGGCCGAAGAACUGUCUGAGUUCUCCGACAUCCGAAGGUGAAAGGAGCACGCGGCCCUUCCUUCCUCAUCCACCAGAAACUUCCUCCAUUACGUCCAUCUUCUUAUCUAGGGGCAUUCCAAAAAUAUUUACAAUAUAGAGGGGUGGUGUCAGGCACAGGGCAUUGUGAGAAAUACGGCCGUGUCAGUGUAGGUAUUCUAAGCAACAGAGGAAAAGCAAUGGCUAUUAGUUAUUGAUUGUAUCCAGCAAAUUCAGUCUGUAGGUGCAACAGAAUGUUUUCAUUUAAAUUAUUUUAUUCCUUCAAAAGAGGACAUAAGGAGAUUGGAUGCAGGGAGUGGCGGUGGUUUGUUUCUUUAUCAGGGAUAGAGGUUGAACUGGUCUAAAUUUUCAUUUGUCCACUAUUGGCUCGGUGUGUAUGGUAGUUUCAGCAUUUA